AUGUACGUCACAAUCAAAACUUCCCAACGUACCUAUAUUACGGACCCUGAGGGAUGGCUAGGCCAGAGCUUAUACUUCAACAAUCUUUUUUCUGGAAAAUGGGGCGACAAACAUGGCUCAUACUUCAUUGAAAGUGACGCCAAAAUCUUUGAACACAUCCUUCAGUAUCUCCGUACUGGAGUUCUUCCGGUUUUCUAUGAUAGGCUGGCGGGUCACGAUUUCCCACUGUACCAAGCUCUACUCGAGGAAUCGAAAUAUUUCGCCAUUAACAGGCUACAAAAGUGGUUAUGCGAGCGAAAAUAUCUAGACGCUGUCAAGAUCCAUUACACGGCUACCGAGACUCAAGAUCGUGGAUCUUAUCAAAAACACACCAGGAGUUGGCCCGAUGGUCGCACAUCUAUGUUAGAGGAUCACUUUGUUAAUAUUGAGACAAGCAGCAAUAUGGAGAUUACGAUCGUCCCCAUAACACAACAGCGGAACUCAUUCUAUUGCCCUGACGCAAAGCAUGGCAAGAGUAGCGAAGAAUACUGUAGGAGCUGCAUUGGUCGGGCAAGGGAUAAUGGAAUCCCUGGCAUUGGUGGAUGGAGAACGGAGGACGAACUGAAGUGGUGUAUCAUGCGAAAGGAAGUCGUUUUUGACCACGAUCUCUGUGUGAACGCAUUUCGAGAGGAUGAUUAG